AUCCCAAGAAAAAGAAAAACACCAGAAACUCAUCAGACGAGUAAAAGAAGGAACUAUCUGUCUCGUUCUUUUGGUCGCACGUCUGAAUCAUAAUCAAAGACCUCUCUUUGUCACCGUGACAGAUCCUUAUUAACCAAACCUCACCCACCCAUUCCUUUCAUUUCCCCAAAUCUAAUCCUGAGGGUUGCUGUAAUUUAGCUCCGUAAUUACCUUCCCAGGUUCGACCUUCUUCUCCGGACAAUCUGAACCACAUGUAAACCGAAAGUUUGUUGUUUGAUUGCGCCAUUAAGGACAUCCCGGUCGGAAAAUUUGGCUCCGGCUUGUCUUUCAGGUUGUGAACAGUGUAGAUACAUACAUCUUUGAAGAAGAUGGCAAAGAGCAAACACAACAAGAAGCCAGCGUUACUGCGUUGUUCACCGUUUUCACUAGUAUCAACACUUGCGGGAUGUGUUUUCAUGAUUCAUCUCAUCAUGUUAUACAGCAGAAACUAUAGCGUAGAUCUUGAAGUAUCUUCUCGGUUACUAACCCACCAUCCCAUUGUCCGUGAGCUAGAACGAGUGGAAGAAGAGAACAUUCACAUGCCCCCUCCUAGGAAGCGUUCUGCACGAGCCAUCAAACGCAAACCCAAAAGACCCACCACUUUGGUCGAAGAGUUUCUCGACGAAAACUCACAGAUCCGACAUCUUUUCUUUCCAGACAUCAAAACCGCUUUUGGUCCGACCAAAGAUGGUAAUGACACAUUGCACAACUUCUUCCCUGGGAAGAUUUGGUUGGACACGGAAGGGAAUCCGAUUCAAGCACAUGGUGGUGGCAUUUUGUAUGAUGAAAGGUCCAAGAGUUACUAUUGGUACGGUGAAUAUAAAGAUGGACCAACUUAUCUCUCUUACAAGAACGGACCAGCUCGAGUUGAUAUAAUCGGUGUUGGAUGCUACUCGUCUCAAGACUUGUGGACAUGGAAGAACGAAGGUGUUGUAUUAGCAGCCGAAGAGACAGACGAGACACAUGACUUACACAAAUCCAACGUCCUCGAGCGUCCCAAAGUGAUCUACAACUCAGAAACAGGGAAGUACGUGAUGUGGAUGCAUAUAGACGACGCAAACUACACUAAAGCUUCCGUUGGUGUAGCCAUUAGCGACACCCCAACAGGUCCAUUCGAUUACUUAUACAGCAAAUCCCCACACGGCUUCGACAGUAGAGACAUGACCAUCUUCAAAGACGAUGAUAACGUCGCCUACUUGAUAUACUCAUCAGAGGACAACAGCGUGCUACACAUCGGUCCCUUAACCGAGGAUUACCUCGAUGUAAAACCGGUUAUGAAGAGGAUCAUGGUGGGACAACACAGAGAAGCGCCAGCUAUCUUCAAACACCAGAACACUUACUACAUGAUCACAUCAGGUUGCACGGGGUGGGCACCAAACGAAGCGUUGGCUCAUGCAGCUGAGUCGAUAAUGGGACCGUGGGAGACGUUGGGGAACCCUUGCGUUGGUGGGAACAAGGUGUUUAGGCUGACGACGUUUUUCUCGCAGAGCACGUAUGUGAUACCCUUACCUGGUGUGCCUGGUGCGUUUAUAUUUAUGGCGGAUAGGUGGAACCCUGCGGAUUUAAGAGAUUCGAGGUAUUUGUGGCUGCCGUUGAUAGUUGGGGGUCCGGCUGAUAGGCCACUUGAGUUUACUUUCGGGUUUCCGAUGUGGUCGAGAGUUUCUGUGUAUUGGCAUAGACAAUGGCGGUUGCCUUUAGGAGGAGGGAAGAAUAUUGCUUAAGGAGAAGACAGAGCAGAGUUUGUGUUACUUCUUCUUCUUCUUUGUUUUGUCUUUUGUGCUGCUGCUUAUUGUUGUUGUUGUUGUUGUGCUGCUUUACAGGUAGAGAGAUAGAGAGUUUUUAGGCCUUUGUUAAUAAAUAACAGAUCAGUUUGAGGAUAAUUGUGUCACCUUUGUUUGGGGGACACAGUGCUGUUACCUUUCUUUUAGGAAGAGUAUUCAGUUUCGGUUUAGUUCGGUUUAAAUUGAAUAUUUUGUUAUGAUAUACAAAACUUGAAUUA